CAUAGGUUUACUGAGAAGGCCUAUGCUUUUUGUGUGGGGACACGGGGAACUAAAAAUCAAAUAAGUCUUAAUAACGAUUUAGCGGUUUUUUAAAUUUGUAAAAAAGCAAUUUGGCGUUACUUAGGUGGUUAUGAUGGGAUGGGGAAGUGGGAGUGGCAGAGACAGAGACUCAAGUUUGUGCUUUUAAUGCUCGAGGCAGCUUUCACAGCUUUCAAGCCAGGGACAAACGUGAUCACCAAUUGAUGCAACAAAAAAGGCAACCAACAAGUUGGUUUAAUUCUCACAUUAUCUGUGUACUCACAACACCCAAGGUCGUUCGUUCAUGGGCUGAUUUGAGAUCAAUGAAGUCAAACAUGAAGGAAGAAGAAGGUGUGUGCAGUGAGGAGGGUAGUACCAGUACAUCUGGAGAAGGUGGAGAGGAAGAGGAGGAUGAAGAAGAGUUGGCCCUGUUUAAGGAUAUGAAAGCUCGGGAGCGGCAAGAGUUCCUGCAUCGCUUCUCCGAUGACAGUGAUGAGUCCAUUUCUAUAAAAUUGGGGAGCUUUUCCAGCUUUAAGUUUUAUAUGUCGGGAAAGCAUGGUGAUCCACUCAAUGCAGACACAGGAAGGACCGAUUAUAACUGGCUUCUGACUCCGCCAGCCACUCCACUAUUUCCAACAUUGGAUAAGAAGACUCCACAUGUUGAGAUUUCUGAGAGAAGCAAACUGCAGAGCAAACCCAGAACCACCAGUCCAAGAAUAUCAAGGACAGAGCGUAGUCCAAGGAGGACAAGAAGCAGUUCUAGUACACAGCAUUCAAGUCUAUUUUCUUCUUCGUGCAGUAUCAGUAGCCAUUCGAGAGGCAGAGCAACAUCCUCAACUUCCAGAGGGAAUCUCAAAUCCCAUCAUUUAACUUCUACUGUUAGGUCAUCUACUGAUACAAUCAAUUCAUCUGCUGCUUCGGCGAGGUCAUCUACGCCAUCCUCAAAGAUCUCAUCAUUGACAUUUCAGAGGUCUAGCACAGGUUCAACUUCCAGUCAUUGUUCAUCAUUGAUACAAAAAGCUGCACCUUCACUGCAAGGAAAAAACCACCUAAGGAGCUCAGUACAGCAACAGGUGCAGCAUAUGACUAUUCCUCGUUCUCUCUCUGAGCCCCCUCCAAAUUUAAUUACAAGAACAUCAGAUAAUAAUGUCUUCCUUAAAAGGGGCUCAUCCCCGGUCUCAAGUUACAGAGGAGUGACUGAAAAGAAAUCCAGGCGUCAAUCUGCAUCCCCGGCCUCAAGUUACAGAGGGGAGACUGAAAAGAAAUCCAGGCGUCAAUCUGCAUCACCAACCUUUUUGAGAAAUGGUAGCUCAUCAGAAAACCAUGACCGUCAACCUCAUGUCUCCAAAAACAAGGGCCGCAGAAUGUCAUCAAGCACUGAUGUUAGGACAGAUCCGAGCCUCAAAAUAAAACAAAGGUCAUACACAAGUAAUAGAGUUCAGUCACCAUCGAAAGGUGCAAGAAAAUCAGAAUCUGCAUCAAUUGUUUCAAAUGUCUUGAUGUCCAAGAGGUGUCCAAAUACCAGGACACAACAAAGGAACUCACAAAGCAUGUUCAGGCCCUUACUAUCAGAUUUACCAGUUACAUCUUUCUAUGCCAAGAAAGCAACUCGUGUGCUAUAUCAAGGAAAUAUCGACAAUUCAUCUGUGUCUACUAGUGGUAAUGGAUGCAUUGCACCUGUUACCAAAGUUCCUGAUAAUAGUAACAAAGAUCUGGAAAAUGAAAGUAGCAAAUGCUCCUUUACCCACGAUCAAGUAAAAAUCGAAGACAUUGAAAAGACAGAGGUAGAGAGUCAGGUAAAAUAUGUAGUCAGGGAGGAGUCUACAAAUCAAGAUUCUCAAUAUGUUUCAGCUCAAACUCACCAAUGUUUGCUAGAUGACAGAACUGUUCAAUCUGCUCUGGGAGUUGGGAAACCUGACAUGAUUAGAACUAGCCAAGGGGGCCUUCGAUCUGAAUUCCAAAGCAAGGAAAGUUGUGCAUGUUGCCGAGACAGUGAUGAUGGUCAAAGUUGUGUUGCAGGAGAAAAUGUUCCUGUACAGGAUGUGCAUGGCAAUGUACUUUUAGAGGGUAAGGCUGAACUGUGUUCUAGGCUUGUUGAUUCAUUCAAAUUAUCUAUAAAUACAAAAGAUAAUUUGCAAGAUCAGGAGGCAGAUACUCGGGAUAAUUUUGAUUCAUCUGGGAAUGUGCUUUAUCUAACAAGUUCUUGCAAAGGGUUGAACAAUGACAAAAUUGCAUCAAGUUCAAAACUUAAUGACAUGGACACACACAAAUUGGAAUGUCAUGUUUUAAGACAAGUGAAUAUUAGCAGACCCCAUUUAGAAGAUUUGGCAUGCAAAUCAGAUGUGCAAGUGACACCUGGCAUUCUUACAACUCCUAGAGACCAAAGCGGGAUACAUGAAGCUGGGGUUCUUAGUGAGGGGGCUGCUAUUGAAGGUUCUAUUGUCUUUUUUGCUGAUAUUGUUAGUGAUAGAUGCAGUGGAAAAUACAAAGCAGGAGAGAAUGCUGUUACUGGAACUGAAGGUCAAACAAAUCCUUUGAAACACAAAGAUAUAGAAACCUAUUCAGGGAAAGAAAAGCUUCUAUUGCUACAAGAGAGCUUAUUUGCUAGUCAAAAGGAUGAGAAACCAAUUGAAGGAAUUGCACAAACCAACAAUCAAGAUACAGCCUGUCUGUCCAAAGACAUCUUAAUUUUAGAAACGCAGGAGCAGAAAUAUUGCUGCAGCAAAAGCCCUGAAUUGUUUGAGAAUUCUGGGUGCUUACUUUUUGAAAGAAACAGAGUUGAUUCAGUAACACAAGCAUCACCUGCACCAUGUAAACAAGCCAAAGAGUGUGCAGACAGUGGUGGUGAUUCUAUGACAUUUGAAAUUGGCAACUCAUCAAAAGCUUAUGUCAAUGCUAGUCCAAGCAAUUUGGAGACAGAAAUGGAGCAUCCCAUUUCAUCAACACUGGAAGGGAAUGCAUGUUCAGAUGGAAAUUCAAUGCUUCAUGUUCCAGAAGUCAACAAAGCUCAACAGGUUCAUGUUUCUCAAGGAGAUAAGGCUUUCCAUGGUAAUUCUCCAAGGAGAUGUUUAUCGAAAAGUUUGACACUAGAAGAAGCAGCAGAUACUGUAUUAUUCUGCAACUCAAUAGUACAUGACCUGGUGUACAAGAGCACAAUGAUAGCAAUGCAGAAGGAAAUUGUUGGUGUCACUCCAAUUCCAAUAGUGACCAGCACUGUUGGGAUGGCUCAGGCAAAGCGCAGGAAUUUUUGUAGGGGAGCUGGUUCUCAGCGAAUGUUGACAUAUAAGUCAAUCAACUCAAGAAAAACUGUGGCACAUCUGCAUACACCGUCUAGUAGAAUUGAAACCACUAUAGAAGACCAGCAACCUGUGAUGCAUGUGAGUGUUGGAGAGAGGAAUGAGCUACCAAAGCCUGAAAAGGUUAAGUCAAAAUGCCACUGCACUAUACUUUAAAGAACUCUAUGUACAGGAGACAGCAAUUCCUCUGCCCUAUUCAUUUGCAUCCCAGCACAGAGAAUGAGGAACAUUAAAGAUCUUCAUUUGAUGGUUGCAUGGGAUUUGAGUAGGUUUAUCUGUUAAGCGAAGAGAAGUAUGAUAUGUAAAUAAUUUUGAGAUUCUAUGCUAAUAUUUAAUGAGUGAAUGACUAUUUGAAUAGUUACCGAGAUACCGUUAAUCUUUACAUACUGUACUGUAUCUCCUCAUAUUCUCCUGUAAAGUUUACUAUGAAUUGAUUGUAAGCCUUUAUAAUGAGCUGAUUGUAUAAUACAUUUUUUGGAGAUGUGUAAUUGAUUAAAUUUUUUGAGGCCCA